AUGAUGCCAGUGGAUGAUGAUCGACCAACUAAAAGCCGCAUGCCAAAACGGUUAUCGGGCUAUAUCAACAGGAUCGAACAGCGUACCAUCGGUGGUCCAUGUAAACGUCGUUACUGGUUUGUGUUAUCGGACGAUUCACCUUAUUUGUAUUGGUACAAAAAUAAGGGUGACAUCAGCUGUACUGGACGAGUUCCCCUCUCCGGAGCUGCUUUUACUUUUGAUCCUCGUGAAACUGGCCGAUUUGAAAUACAAGUUACUGAUCAGAAUUUGUUGUUUAGUGUAAAUAACGAGAUACAUGUUCUGGAAACAGCCGACAACAAAUCACGUGUUCAGUGGUUGCAACGGCUUCAGAGCAAUCGUCGUCGACAUUAUGAGAGAGAAAAUAUUGAUAAUAUAUUAAAAGUUGAAAUCGUAUCUCUCUCGUCUCACUCGCUUUCGGGAAAUGAUCACUCUACAGAGAGUUCCUCGAAUGCUGAAAUAAAAAAUUUAGAAGAGGGUGAAGAUAUGAUGGUGAUAGAUGGACCUCCAGAUGAAAAAUCACUUGAAGAUGAAAUUAAUGAUGCUGCCCAGUCUGUAUUUUAUCUUAAUUCGGAUGGAGAACUGAAUGCAAAAAGUUUAGAGAUGCCAAUUCCAGUCUCUCCGAAUACAGACAUUUUAAAAAGUGCAGAGGAAUUAAUUGAAAAAAUAACAGAAGAAACUCAGGCAAAAGCGAAAGUACUUGAACAACCAGCGAAAAAGGUGAUAGGAAAAGCCAAAGCUACGUUGCGAAAGAAGGAAGAAAAAAAAGGAAGAGAAAGAACAGAGAAAAUGGACAAUGGUUUUCAAGCUGGAAAUAAAAAAAUGGAAAGUCAUUAUGUACUGUUGUUGCAGUUACUUGGUAUUGUAAAUGAACUCAAAGAUCGUUGUUAUGAACUUACGGACGAAGUGGGAGCUAAUCAAGAUUUGAUUACUAUUCUACGGCAGAGUUUGCUCAAAUCAAAUCGUCAAAUAGAAUUAGUAAAACGUAUGGAAGAACAGAAAAGCCCUCAAGAAAGAAUCAGUAUGAUUCUUGAAAAGGAAAGCGAGCUUACAGCAUUGCAGCUGAAUGCAGCGUCCUACAAUCGUGAAAUUCGGAUUUUAAAAGAGCAGAAUAAACAAUAUGAACGAAAAAUUGAAGAGCUAAGUGCUGAAAUUGAUGCGUUUCGGGAAUCAGUACGUUCAAAAGAAGAGCUCAUAAUGAAAAUUUAUAGUGAACAGGGGGGAAAUAAUGUUCAGGGUCAUUUAGACGGCUCGGUUGAUGAUGUUGAAGUGCCCGAAGGAAUAUUAGUCGAUUUUGGUAGUAGCUCAACUGAUGAAAAUGCACAGCGAGUGUUUGAUGAGGCAGCUGUCAAUGAUGUAACAGAAAUGCGAGAUCUUGUUAUGGGGUAUCGAAAUCAGAAUAUGUUCUUAAAUCAGGAGGUUCUCGAGCUUCAGAAAAUUGUGCAGAGCUUGGAAGGCAGGGAGCGUCGAAUUACUCGACAAAACUUUGACAUCGAAGCUUGCUAUUAUCAACUUAAAAGUCGGUAUAUCAUGGUCCUGAACCAUUUCAGAGCGUCAAAAAAUGACAGUAGAGUUCUGGAACCAGGAGUAAUCGAGGCUCUGAUUGACGAAACAAACUGGACUACAAAUAAAAAAACGUUAAACAACGAUAAAAUAGAAACAAGACUUACUGACUCUCUUGGAUUUUAUUUGAAUGAUGACAGAAAGCGUCAUCAAUUACGACCCACUGAUAUGUUUGAAGUUGCUGCUGAGUUAAAAAGUAUAAGUGACGAGAUUGUUGGUCAACAGGAAAUGGAACAAAAUCCUCAGUACAUAGAGUGGCUACAAAAAUGGGAUAGUUUCUUGGUGAAUUCUGCAGUACGUCCUCUAAAACCCACUACUGAGUUAAAGAAUUUGGUGAGAACCGGUAUACCAAAAACAUAUCGGCCGAGGGUCUGGAAAAGCCUUGUUAAUUAUGUAGUGGGUGAUGAAAAGGCCGAUCUUGGCAAUGGUUACUAUGAGACACUUCUUCGGAAGGUGAAUGCUAUUAGCAUUAAUACUGUCGAAAACGAUAGUGCUUUGAAGCAGAUAGAUUUGGAUUUGGCUCGAACUUUACCCACAAACAAGUUUUUUGAUGAGCCAAAGUCAGAAAAAAUUAUUGUUCUACGUCGUGUACUCUGUGCAUAUCGCUUUCAUAAUAAGUCUGUUGGGUAUUGCCAGGGUUUAAAUCGUUUGGCUGCUAUUGCUUUACUGUUUCUUGAAGAAUCGGACGCUUUUUGGUUUUUGGUAGCUUGCGUCGAGCAUCUCCAGCCCUCUGCAUAUUAUACUUCUACUUUACUUUGUGCCGUUGCCGAUCAAAAGGUGUUACGUGAUCUGGUCAGUGAAAAACUCCCGAAAUUAUCAUCUCAUUUGCGCAAAUUUGAGGUGGAUCUCUCAGCUUUUACACUUAGUUGGUUUCUUACAUGUUUUGUUGACGUGUUUCCGCAUACUAUUUAUUUGAAUUUAUUCGACGUUUUUCUUUAUGAAGGGAAUAAGGUUCUUUUUCGAUUUGCGCUUGGAAUAUUGAAACUUGCCGAAACCUCAGUGUUGGAGUGUAAAUCUAUCGGAGCUGUGCAUGCCUCAUUAAGCAGAGUAGCGCAACAUGUUCCCAACUUCAAGACCUUAGCGCAGAUUGCUUUUAACGAUUUAAAUCCUUUUCCACAAAAGGGUAUAGAAAUGAAAAGGCAAUUUUAUCUCAGCCAAUUAACAGCAACACAGUAA